AUGUAUAAGGCAUCCUACCCAAAGUCAUUAUCAGUUGAAACAGUCAAGCCAAUAUCCCAUAUAGUCAUUCCUUCAAGCAGCUCCAACAUCAAUUUGGACCACGCCACCCAGCCGGCCCAUAACAAAUGCCUCUGGGAAAUACCAAAACGUGACAGUGUAGUGUCGUUCAUUAUAAGCCAUGCCAUCAUGGCUGUUUCACAAACCACAUCGAAACCCGUGAAAGAUCCGCCUGGUAAAUACUUCGAAGAGCCUGGGACCGAUGACACCCUUCGCCAUUAUGAUAGCAGGUUUUUUAAGGGGGUUGUAGAGCCUGCAGAUCGAGUGGAGAGCUUGACGGAUAUGAUUCGAGCAUAUCUGCAAUUUUUCCAGGAGAACAGUUUGGAGACCUGGAUAGCCCACGGCACACUCCUGGGUUGGUGGUGGAAUGGAAAGGUAAGGCCUUCAUUCGAUGCUAGGAUGUCUCGGAGCGGGUUGUCUAAAAUAGGAACUAACCCAGGUGAACGCGCACAGAUACUUCCAUGGGACUGGGACUUAGAUACACAGGUCAGCUCUAAUACCCUUAUAUAUCUCAGUGAAUGCCUGAAUCAAACGGUCUAUAAUUAUACUGGUAGCAAGCCAGGCAACGGGAGGAAACGUCAGUAUCUGCUAGAUGUCAACCCGGCUUCACAAGACCGACACCGUGGAGACGGCCAGAAUGUCAUCGACGCUCGAUGGACUGAUAUUUCCAAUGGUAUCUACACUGAUAUCACAGGAAUCAGUGAGCUUAACUAUGAUACUGAGCCAGGAGUGUUGAGCGACAAAAAUUUCCACCAGUACCGAGAGGCGGACAUUUAUCCUUUGCGCCAAAGCAUUUGUGAAGGGGUACCUGCAAGCAUUCCAUUUAAUUAUAUCGGUAUUCUGGCAGCAGAAUACGGCAAUGCUUCUCUCUGGAGAAUCACAUACGAGAAGUAA